AUGAUAAAAUGACUAAUCUACAAAGUCGGUAGUACCAACUCAACUCUAUCGUAGCGUCGAUUACUAGAAAAGAAAAAUGUAUACUAUUCUCGAGUAAAACGAAAUAAGAAAGAAAAAAGAAAGAGCACUGGUCUGUGCAUGAUGAAGAUAGCGAUCGGUCAUUUCGAUGAAAGAAAGAUGAGAUAAAAACAAGAAUAUCUAUAUUUUUAAGAUUCGUAAUCCGUAAAAAAAACGCAUGACUCAGUUAGAAAAACGUGUUGCAUGUAUCCUUUCUCAUAUAUGUGAUGUGUGUGUGUGUGUAUGUGUGUACAUUACGUGCAUAUAGGUACAUAAGUACGAAUGACGAUCGAGAUCGAAUAGAUAUAUUUCUGAUUUCAAAGUGCUAAUGUCAAUUUACUAUCCUCUACAUAUAUAUAUGUGAACGAAUGGCAUUUUGUGAAUAUUUAGAUGCUCUAUGAGAUGUGGCUCUUAAAAGGGACACGCGAACAGAUUGUCAAUCGUAAAAUCUCGUUCUCAGCUUACGAGAUAUAUUUACGAGAUCAUUAUUAAUUAUAACGAAUAAAAGUGUCUUCAAAAGAAAAAAUUGAAAACUGGACGCUAAUAGCGUUCACACGAUAACCCUAUUGAGAAAAUUUUAUAUACCGCAUUUGUAUUUCUUUCUGUGCUCUCAUAUAUUCAAAAAAGAAGAGUGCAUGCACCAGUUGUCUACGAAGAAUGAGAACGGAUGCCUUUCUUGUUACUAUAUUAAACAUUAUUUGGACAGUGGAGAUUCGCAAAAUUAUCAAAGGCGCUAAAAUUUAAUAUAGAAAAUUCUUAUAGUUUAUGGAAAACUGAGAGAAAUUUCGAGACAAAGCUCGCAAAACGUUUUAACGCUUACACCCAAACUUCUAGGAAACGUAAAGGAAAACGUGCUAAUUUUAAUAAAGGAGGUACGGCUCGUUUAAGGUGCAGAGAGGGCACGUUUCGCGUGCAUAAAAUUUAUGGAGAUGGAAAUUGCAUGUUCCGUGCGCUCAGUUAUAUUCUUUGGCAAAAUGAAGAAGAACAUCAAUAUUUACGUAACACGGUUGCUAAAUAUAUAAAGAAUAAUUGGCACGAGUAUGGUGCUUUUGUAAUGGCCGAAUGGAAUAUAUCAAAUCCUGAAGAAUAUUAUGAGCAUAUGAGAAUGGUUGGGACGUUUGCAAGCGAGCUCGAAUGUACGGUAGCAACGAAGCUUCAUCAUAUGAAUCUUUCCAUCUAUCGUGAGAUCGAAGGCAAAGAUGAAUUGGAACGUGUUUUUCACAGUCAUGUUGACUAUUAUUACGAGACUGCGAGGUUGCUCUUCACCGGACUUUCAGAAAGUGGUCAUUAUGAUGUUUUACUCAACGAUUAACUAUAUAUUUUUUUUUAGAGAAUUUUUCUUUUUUUAUUAUUAUAUAUAUGUGUGAAAGGGGAGAAAUAAAACAUUUUCGA